UUAAUACUCAAACUAAUAUUUCACAUGCUGCUAAUAUAGAAGCUAAUAUCUCUUAUAAAAAUGCAGUUUAUAAUAAAUUUAAAGCCUCUUGUAAAAAUAUGACUAUUGGAGAGAUUAAUAUAGAUAUUAGUAGUGUUAUAAUAUAA